GCCCGCCGCGGCACCAUGUCCGGCUCCGGCAGGAAAGACUUCGACGUGAAGCACAUCCUGCGCCUCCGCUGGAAACUGUUCAGCCACCCCUCGCCGGCGGGCGGACCGGCGGGGGGCGGCUGCUUGCCGCCCGACAGCAGCUUCGAGCACUGGGGGCCCAGCCAGAGCCGCCUUCUUAAGAGCCAGGAGAGGGGCAGCAGCGCCUUCUGGAAGAAAGCUGCCUCCUCCGCCGCCUCCUCGGCGGCCACCACAGCCAGUCCACCCAACGGGACGCUGCUGUCCGCCGGCGGCCGUCCGGGCGGGGUGCACGGGCCAGGGCACGGGCCAGGGCCGCCGCCGCCCCGCACCGUCUUCUACGUGGAGUCCUUGGAGGAGGAGGAGGCGGUGCCCAGCGGGAUGGAGGUGGCCCGGGAGCCCGAGAAGCCCGUGGCGCCGCCGGAGCGGGAGGAGGCGCCGGGGGGCUGCGUGGAUGGAGGCAGCCGGGCAACAGGUGACGGAGGCGGACACAGACUAUCCGGAGCCAGCAACCCCUUGCCACCUCACUGUGACAUGGAUUCAUGUAGCUCUGAGGAAUUCUACCAGGCUGUUCACCAUGCAGAGCAAACAUUCAGAAAGAUGGAGAGCUACCUGAAGCAACAGCAGCUCUGUGAUGUUAUCCUGAUUGCUGGAAAUCGCAAGAUACCUGCACAUAGACUUGUUCUCAGUUCUGUCUCUGACUACUUUGCUGCCAUGUUUACAAGUGAUGUUUGUGAAGCCAAGCAAGAAGAGAUCAAAAUGGAAGGCAUAGACCCCAAUGCAUUGUGGGAUCUUGUUCAAUUUGCAUAUACAGGCUGUCUGGAGUUGAAAGAAGACACCAUAGAAAAUCUUCUAGCAGCUGCCUGCCUCCUCCAGCUACCACAAGUAGUAGAGGUUUGCUGCCAUUUUCUAAUGAAGCUUUUGCACCCAUCCAAUUGUUUGGGAAUACGAGCUUUUGCUGAUGCACAAGGAUGCACAGAACUUAUGAAGGUGGCUCACAACUACACUAUGGAAAAUAUAAUGGAAGUUAUAAGAAAUCAAGAAUUUUUACUUCUGCCAGCUGAAGAACUCCAUAAACUUCUUGCUAGUGAUGAUGUGAACGUUCCUGAUGAAGAGACUAUUUUCCAUGCCUUGAUGAUGUGGGUGAAGUAUGAUAUGCAGAGGCGAUGCAAUGACCUAAGUAUGCUACUUGCUUAUAUCAGAUUACCACUGCUUCCACCUCAGAUAUUGGCUGACCUAGAAAACCAUGUGCUUUUUAAGGAUGACCUAGAAUGCCAGAAGCUUAUUCUGGAAGCCAUGAAAUACCAUCUUUUACCAGAGAGAAGAACUCUUAUGCAAAGUCCAAGAACUAAACCUAGAAAAUCUACAGUUGGAACACUUUAUGCUGUUGGAGGAAUGGAUAACAACAAAGGUGCGACAACUAUUGAAAAGUAUGAUCUCAGAACAAAUAUAUGGAUUCAGGCUGGAGUGAUGAAUGGCAGGAGGCUUCAGUUUGGUGUUGCUGUCAUCGAUGACAAGCUAUUUGUCAUUGGAGGCCGGGAUGGUUUAAAGACAUUAAACACUGUUGAAUGUUACAAUCCAAAGACCAAGACUUGGACUGUGUUACCGCCAAUGUCAACACAUAGACAUGGUUUAGGAGUUACAGUACUUGAAGGGCCUAUAUAUGCUGUGGGAGGACAUGAUGGUUGGAGUUAUUUGAAUACAGUUGAGAGGUGGGAUCCUCAAAGUCAGCAGUGGACAUUUGUGGCAAGUAUGUCAAUUGCCAGAAGCACUGUUGGAGUAGCAGCAUUAAAUGGCAAAUUAUAUUCAGUUGGAGGUCGUGAUGGAAGUUCGUGUUUGAGUUCAAUGGAAUAUUAUGAUCCUCACACAAAUAAAUGGAAUAUGUGUGCUCCAAUGUGUAAGAGAAGAGGAGGUGUAGGAGUGGCUACAUGUGAUGGCUUCCUUUAUGCAGUUGGAGGCCAUGAUGCUCCAGCUUCUAAUCAUUGUUCCCGACUACUGGACUAUGUAGAAAGGUAUGAUCCAAAAACUGAUACAUGGACAAUGGUGGCUCCACUCAGUAUGCCUCGGGAUGCUGUUGGUGUCUGUCUGCUUGGUGACAAAUUAUAUGCAGUUGGUGGCUAUGAUGGUCAAACAUACCUGAACACUAUGGAAGCAUACGACCCUCAAACUAAUGAAUGGACACAGAUGGCUUCCCUAAAUAUUGGAAGGGCUGGUGCCUGUGUUGUUGUCGUCAAACAGUCCUGAUUUUGCCAGCACUACUUAGGAUUUUACUGACUGUGAAAUGAUUAUUUUUCUAUCAGACAAUGAGAAUAGUAACUUCAUGAGAACAAGGAUUUACACGAGUACUUGAUAAGAAAUUUGAAGAAGUUUGGAAGUGAGAAAGAUUAAUUAUUUAUGCCCUAUAAAAUCAUAUAAACUGUUCACUGACAGUGAACAAGAUAAAAAAAUCAGGCUGUUGUAGGCAUAAAUACAUGAAUGUAGAGUAUUAAUUUCAGAUACUGUUAUGAAUGUAUCCUGGAGAACUGGAUUAUAAAGUGACAGCUCUACAGAGGGAGCCAGAGGGAAUAUGAAAACCGUUUUCAUGACUGUGGGAGUUUAAACUGCAGAAACGUUAGAGUAUAUUUAAUAACUUUUAAAAUGUGUUUUUUAAAAGAGAAAAGCUGGUAAUAUAAUUUUUUUCUGUUUUGAUCUUGACUUCAGAUGGGUAAUGGACUUAUUUAAAUAGCUAAUUUGGUUCUCACUCAAGGGAAGUUGUAGAAAAGUCUGGAUAUUCAGAUUUCAUUCAUAAUGACUGAGAUGUUGGUUUACACAAAGAAGAAAAACAAACUAAAAAUCAACCUCCAAGAUGACUUCUUUUUGUAACUUCAGACAGUACCUCCUCGCCAGUGUUAACACAUCUUAUAAGUAAGUCUAUUGAAGAGAAGCCUGUAUGUGUAAUCUGAUUAUACACAAAGCAAUGCUUUGGCUGCACUGUGGCUUUGUUGCAAGUAGAGGAGUCAAAAGAACAGUUUCCACAUUCUUUCUUAAUAUUGUAUUCAGUUUAAGCAUGUGGGCUCUGAUUUUGUGGCUUUAUGCAUCUUAUGCAUGUUGGAGGCUCAAAAAAAGCUGGAAAAUUGAUGCUAUUCCUUCACUGCAUCAUGUAACAGAUGAACCAUGACCAGAAGUCUGUAGCACUUCUAACAUUUCAAGAGGCAUAAAAAUACCAUAUUUUAUAUCUUCCUGAUGCUCAUACAUGCACAACUUUGCCUGAUUAAAGCUACCAAUUUAUGUCUUUCCACUUAUGACUGACAACAACUGCAAUUGGGGAAUUUAGUAUAAAUACAAGCAUAGUAAGCAAAAUGAGACCUUUUGAUCUAAGGAAGUUUAUAUGACAAACAUACUAGUGUCAUCUGUGUUUCCCUAUAAGGUUAGCAAUUUCUAGUAGUAAUGAUACUUUGAGCUUUUGCCUUGUCAGUAGAUUUGAUGUUGAUAUUUUCUGUCUGCUAGCUGAAUCAGAAUUCUGGGGCCACUAGUGGCAUAUGAAGUUCUACUGUUCAGGGAGGCACAGGCUGUGGGAACAGGACUACCAAGUAUACUAUACCUCUUCUUUAAAGCCUUGCCAAUCCUUGCCAAUCUUUUAGGAAACAUUUAAUGGUCCAAAACAGAAACCUCAUAGUCUACUGUCACUAGCAAUUUUAAGAAUGAAUACUGAUUGACAUUAAAAAUUUUCCUAGUGGAAACCUUUGAAACCAUUUGAGAUUAAAAAAUACACAUAGCCUCUCACUUGGAACAUUUGAUUUGAAGAUGUGUCUUUCCUUCUAACAGUAUUAGCACACAUGAAAGUCUUUGUUCCCAAAUGCAAACUGAACUUUGGUUCUGAAGUCUAAUUAUACUGGUUUAAAUCUUUUCAAUGCUUCUCUGUCCUAACUAGAGAUCAACUGCAAAGUCUUCAGUAUUAGUCUUCCACACUCAGUUGACUUUUGAAUCGCAAUUAGUCUUCCAAAAAUACUUGACUUUUCAAAACCCAGUUUAUCUCAUAAUUGUUAAACUAACAUGAGGCCUUUUCUCUAAAAUCUCUUUGAUUUCAAAGUAUGAAAAUCACAGUGCAUUCAAAUCAGAAAAAUAUAAUAAUUUCAGUGAAAUCAAGAAUUAUAUUCCUCAAAAGACUGCUUGUAAAUUUUGUAGUUUAUUAAAUGUGUUCUAUAUUGUUCACAUUUUCUUUAUUUCCAAUUCAUUUUUACUCACUGUAACAUGCUUAUUUUCUUUUUUUUCCAUAACAUCAAACUAGGCAGUCUUUCUUUCACGUGAGCCUGUAUUUAUAUAUGGGAAUCAUACCUAUUUUUUUCCUAUUAUUUCCCAUCCUUAUGUGAACAUUUUUUGUAUUAAUCAAAUAUAAAUAAAAGUAUUUAAAUUUAAUCAUUCCUCCGGAAGGACCUUAAAAUAAGCCUUUCAUUUUUCUGUUCUAUGUGUGAAGUCUUUUUUCUUUUUCAUUUGUUAGAAAUUGUAUUAAUUUAUUUCAUUUUACUACUGUUUUUGAGCUAGGAGGAAGGUCAGGGACAUGAGUGCUAGAAAAGCUAUUUUUAAAUGGAUAGGAAUAUACAAAAAAGCAUUGUCUGAAACUGGUCAUUCUUGUGCCUGAGGAUUUACAUUCAAAAGCUUGGACAAAGAAAUCAAGUCUAUGCUCUUUCUUCAGUUUCCUUACCUAGCUCUUUUCAAAUCCAUUGGGACAUUUUAGAUCAGUAACAAUCCAUUAUGAUGCAGUAUUUUCUUUUCUAUGUGUUCCUUUCAUGUAGUGUUUUUCUAGUGAGAAUAAAACAUUUGCCACAAAAAAAAAAAAAAACCCAAAUCAACAAAAAUGAUCUUUGAAAUACUUACAGAAGUAAUAUCUAAAACAAAAUAUGUGGGUUCCUCAGAAGAGGAAAUAAACUCCUUUGUGUUAUAGCUGUGGCAGUGCUGUUAAUGCUUCUUAAUACAAUUACUAAAGAAAGCAUAAAAGAUACAACAUUUUUGCAGGGUUUUGUUUGGUUUGAGCAAAAAAAAUUAAGAAUAUCAUAAAACUAUGUCUCUAUUUUUAAAAUGAAUUAGUCUUCCUGGUUGAAUUCCUCUCAAAAUGGUAGAUGAAAUCCAAUAAUAUAAUUUUCUAGACAAUUUUAGAGGCCUUAUAAAUAUGGAAUGUCAAGUUGAAGUCAGUAGAAAAAAUUAUGAAGAAAACUAAUUAUAAAUUUUCCUGUUACUCUGAGAGUGCCGUUUUUAACUUGUCUCUACGAAUGUAGCACUGUUAAAAUAUCAAUUUUCCAGAAGAAAGACUAAUCUUGCACUCCUCUAUUGUUUAUUGAUUUAUUAUCUUGCAAUUUGGGAUCUUUAAAUUAUUGUUACAUUUACAAUUGUUGUUUUUGACAGUAAAGGAUGCUAGAACUAUAAUCAGUUGUAAUAAAUAUCUGAAUAGAAAAAUAUCGUUUAGUAGUCAAUAUUUAGCAGAGCUCUUUAUUAUUGGUGGGUUUUGAUCUAAUUUUACUGAAAAAUUUUGCAUGGAAAACAAAGCCACAAGUAAGGAAUUAAAAAGAUCUGAAGGUAAGAUUAUUGUUACUUUGGCUUUAAUUAUACUUGUUCAAUUCAUAUUUAGGUACAUGUUCUAACAGUAGAAGUAGAAAUAAACUUUUAAAAUACAUUAGCAUAAACACCAGACAUUUAAUAAUUUGAAACAGGUGAAUUUACUAAGGCAAUUUAAAGAUGCUUUCAGGGAGCUACCUGUCCCUUAACAUUACUCUGUUAAGCUAACAAUAAUUAACUUAAGAGAAAAUUUUGUCAUAGGCAAAGGAUAAUUUUUCUUGAGUAUCAUUCUCUUCCUCAGAAAACAGCCAUCAAUUGUAGUACUCAAAAUUAAAUUAAAAAUUUAAUUAAAAUACUCUUAUUAAAAUUUAUCUAAAAAUCCAUAUUAUUCAUACUGGUUGUAUGUUUAGAAGGCCAAAAUAGAUUUGUCAAUGACUUAAACACUUUUUAAUUAAUUCAAUAAAGAUAAUUCACAAGGGAGUUCAGAGGUUAUAAAAGUUUUAAUGAUUCAGACCUUGAUGUCUAUGUGCAAACCCCAGAAACAUUGUGCACUGUGAUUAUUAAUUAAACACAGGUUUUCCACAACAGAAUUUACACACUGUAAGUCUUUUCUUAUUACUGUGUUGACAAUGAACUGGGCAUAAUAAAUUUUUCCUGUUAUUUUUGGAUUCACACUAGUUAUUUCACAAGAAAUGAAUAGAGAAGGCAUUUCUACAAAGCCUUAAAUAACCCUGUUAUCUGUUAUCAAAUAGCAGUAAAAAAAAAGCAUUAAAAAUUCUAUAAUAUUUUGGGAAAUUUAGGCAUUAAACUGUGUGCAGGUAUGGAAUUUGAUGGUACAAAAUCAAGUACAAAUAUAUCAAGCAGUUUUAUUUGUUAUCCAAUAUCAAAUUCACAUCACAUUUUUUUCCCAUUGGAAUCUCCCAUAUUUACAUGUGUUUGAUUUUAUGUGCUCAAAAUCUCACUGAACGUUGUCUCUUUGUACAGCUUUCUCACUUUUCUCCCCUCUCCACCUCCAGUUUCCAUUAUAUUGCAGAGGCUUUCUACUAUUAGACACAUUUUCCUACAGAUUUGUUUCUGAUGAAAACAGUAAGUAUAAUAGUACACCAUACUGGUAACCAGUUGCUUACCACUCUAUAUGCAAAGCAGAUUUACAUGACAUACAAAAGAAAUGGUUCUUUUUCUUUUCUGAAGUAAAACUUCUUUGAUAUGUCUUCAAUCUUUUAAAGACCUACAUUUUGAAAAAAAAAAAAACUUUAUAAAAACACUGUAAACGUUUUUAAUUAUAAUUUCACAAAUUUCUCAAAUUUAAACCCAAUCUGUCAUGAUCCCAGUGCUGACAUCCAGAUCUCUUGUCGAUGUUCAUGUUUGUGAAUUUGUCUCAUUGUCUCCAGAUUUCUUCUAACACAAAGAGCAUCUCCAGUUGAGUGAAUAAAAUAUGAAAUGCAGUAUUUACCACUUAAAUUUGAAGCUUCUAUGUGAUAUGUACAAAUCAGAAAUUAGUAUCUGAGUUUGCUUGCAGAACACAUUUUCAAACCUGGUAGAUGUUUGUUUCAGAGUUAGCUUUCCUACUAAAUACAGUGUCCAGUGUAAUCACUAUAAUAUUUAUUAAAACAUCAGAAUAGAAAAUACUGUGUGAAGAGUAAUACAGUAAAAUAACAGUAUCUCAGAAGUGUAAAAAAGAAUGUUAGGGAAAAAGAUUUUUUUAUUAUUAUUUACCAGAAGAUGUUCCCCAAGAGUAUUGUAUUUUAUUCCCAACAGAAGCAAUUUCAUUUUGGGGAAAUAACUUUGCAACAAAUCUAAUAGUCUGUAAAUUGAAAUUCUAUUUGCAAGCAGUAAUUUCUUAUAUACUGUCUUGUAAAAUAGCACUUGACUUUGUAUAUUCACCAUAAAAGAAGAAUAAUUGUUAUUUACUCCAAAGUAAUAUUUAAAAUCUAAGUAUUGAAAAACAAGAGCUCAAAUAUGUCUUAGAUGUCAGUAACUAGUUACAUACUUUAAAUUUUCUGGAUAUCAUGUUCUUGGAAUAUUUUUCAUCUACUAUACCAAGCAGAUGUGCAUAUAUUAAGUAAUACGGGCUUACAGCCAACUCAGGAGAGACUCUCAAUAUGUAAAAGUAACUUUUACAAAAGUAUUUCUGUUUAAAAACAGAUAUAUAGUAAUAUAUAGCAGCAAUAUAUCUGUUCUAAUUUAAAUAGAAUGUAUGAAAUAUUCAGCAAAACUAUUAUUCUUCAUUCUUAUUCUCAAUCCAGUGUAAAGCUGCUCAAAUUCACUUAACCUUACAUUUCAUUGCAAAAUCCUUCAUUAUAGUUCUGCUUCAUAGUACAUAGUUUUAGGGACAGCUCAAAAUCGCUAAAUCAGCUAAACUUUGAUUUUCACAUUCAGGACUGCAACUUUUGGAAAUUAAACCAUAAAGAAAGCUUCUACCAAAAGUAAGAAAUUUAGUAACAGAGCAGUGUCAACUGUAGUCACCGGCUAUACAUGGGUUUCCCUUAGAGAUUUAUGGAGAUGCCAAAUCUAUCACCCUCUAAGGGUCCGAAAAGCAAGGUGUAAGCAACUUACUCUUCUGUCUCCCCCUGUUUUCCCAGAUUUUCCAUGAUGCCUAAAAAAUACAUUAAAAAAAAUAUAAAAGGCUCUUACAGAAGUCUAAUGUUCUUCAGAAUUAGGUCUAUGAACCAGCUUCAUAUUCAAUCUUCAUCACUUAGGUGGCUAGAUUGUGUGUAAAGUUCGGUGUCCUCAGGGAACUCUUUUAAUACAAAGAUUGUCCCCCAAAAAAGCCUUUGGAGAGGACUGCCUUUGAAGGCCUCCAAGAAGAAAUAUUUUUUCAAAAGUGAGAUGAUUAAAUUGAGUAGAUGAAUGUCCAGUUUAGUUGCCCCCACUUAAGUAUCUGAUGCCAUCUGAGAUGCCCAAAAUUAUUUAAAACAUACACAGUCAGGCUGAUAGGUAGAAGACACAUUAAGUUUUGGAGUCGCAACAGAAGUACAAAUGGGAAGUUUUACAGUAGCGCAGAUAUUAGGUGCUUAUGUAUAGGCAAAUAGAAUCCAUCACUAUUGUCAUUAGAUAUUUGAAAGUGGCAUCUUGCAAGCCACCUGGGUAAUAAGAAAGGCUGAAUUUAAAAAUGUUUUAUUCCAUUUCUUAAGCUUAAAAAUAUUAACCUUGAUUUUCAAGGUUAAUAUUAAAAAUAUUAAAAAUAUUAACCUUGAAUGAGUGAACAUAAAUGUAAGAGCAUAAUCAAUACUCAUUAAUACUGGCAUGAUAUUUUUAAGUAUGGGAAAUACUAACUCAUAAAGAUCCUCUUUAUCAUGGAAGUUACUUUUUAUGAAUCAUUUCAGUCAGAAAUUUGUUCUAUAAGCAAAUUAUGAAUAAAUAACCCUCUCCAGUAAAGUUGUUUUUAAAAAAAUCCCCUAUGGUAGUUGCUAUUACCUAAUGUAGAGUAAUUUGGUUUCGUUUUCUAUUUAUUGGCAAAAUGCUUCCCAGUCAAAUUCUUAUAAGGUUUGCGCAACGUAUUUCAGUCACAUAUUUUUGUGGAAAAGCUCACAUGUAGGCAUAAUGUGGAAGCGAAGUGUUUAGGAUUGUUGAUUUUUUGUUUCGACAUCUGUAUAUUUUUCAGAACAACAAUGAAUUGGAAAUGAGCAUUUGUCUCAAAUAAAAGGAAAAAAAACAGAAAAAAGACUUGAUAGUAGGCUCAUCUAGUUAUCUAUCUAGAUAUAUUUAUUUCAUUAAUAGUAUUCUUAAACAUAGAUAUGUACUGUGCAAAUGUCCACAUAAUAGAAUUAUACAUGCUAAGCUUUUUCUUGUACCUGAAGUAGCAAAGUUAGUAUUUCUAAGAUAUGGUUCAUCUCAUUCUAAAGGUGAAAUAAAUCACACUUUAAAAGUGUGUUUCUCUCCAUUGACCACAAAAUGUGUCUAAAAUGACUAGUUCAGAUGCAGACAUUCACACAGCAGACACCUACAUUUCUUAAGAUAAAUGUUGGGUGAGAAGAAUUUCUAAAAUCUGAAAAAUGCCUAGAAGAAACUGGCCACACAUUUAUUUCAAAUGACUGUGACAGGAAUUCCAUUUAGAAUGUAACCACAAGAUUCAACUAAGUACCAAACAAAAACCAGUUCCCUACUCUGAAAUCAAGCACUGUUGUGAUCUUCGGAGAUUGGUUGAUUUUCAGCUGCCACAUGACAUGCAAGUAAAAGCUUUUUUCUUUAAACUAGAAGGAUGAAAAUUCAGAUGCUUUAUUUUUUCAUUUUCAAAAUUAUAUCUAUAACUUAUUUAAGAUGUUUAUGUAACACAUUUUCAUGUUUGUGGAACCUUGCAGAAAAAUACAUGGUAAGAUUAUAACACAUAAUUUUUAGAAACAUAUUUUCUAUGUCAAAAAAACAAGACACCUUUGGAAACUAACUUCAAUGACUUUGAGUCAUUAAAAUAAAAUUAUAAAGAAAAUGAAACCAAGAUCUUCCAGGAACUUUACUUGCUUGACUACUGUCUUUCUCUUCUUCCCUCCUAAAAAGCAACCAUAAAAAACGUCCACAACCAAAAGAAACUCUCCAAACAAUAAACAGAUUAGAUCUAUGUCCUUUUUAAUUUAAAUGUAUGAUCACUAAAUUAUAUUGUCAUGAAAUAUAAUUAAUUGUAAAAUUAGAAUUAGACAGAACCUUGAUUUUUUCAGAAUGGUCAAACAACGUACAUUGUGAGCAGAUUUAAUGGAUGAUAUUCUUUAACUAAAAUGCAUCUGCCUUCACCAAAAGAUCUUCAUAUCAAAAGCUCUUGUAUUAGAUUGUGGCUGCUUGCUCUGUGUGAGACUGGAAAUUGAGGGCUGAGUUUCCCCUGCAAGUCGGUCAUUGUUGAAGUAGGAAUUAUGUGGUUAGCAAUGUGUCAUUACUAACUUUGCAGUCCUGUUGUAUGAGAGUGCAACUGUUGGCAGGUGUAUUAUACAACUUUUGUGUCAGACUGGUCCAGUUAGCAGUUUUGAAAUUUUAGAUGAAAUCAAAACUGAUAUUGAAAAAGUAUUUUGGGAUGUUGAGAUGUGAGUAUGUUUAGUAUGGUAAGGAACUACAGAGCAAAAUAAGUGUACAAUGGUUUGGAAUGUAAGAGAAUAAAUACAUUAUUAAUAUGUAAAAAUAUGGUUGUAGAUACAUUCAAUUAAGCUGUCCUAAGUUUUGCAAUAUUUGCAGAGCAGUUUUCUGAAUGUUAUGCUUUUACCAUGAUUCCCUUAUUACUUGGACAUGUGUGUAUAGAAUGCAAGUGAAAAUAUAGAGUGCAAUGUUAAACUUGUAACCUGGCUUUGUUUGACAAAACUUUUUUUUAAGGAAAUUUAAUCCUGAAAAUGUCACUGUGGAAAAAUAAAUAUACUUGUUUUUAA